AUGGGCUUGGAAGCACCGCCAGUGUCUGCGACACUGCGGAAAAGAGUCUUGAAGGUGCUUUUCAUAUCACUACUUCUCGACCUAAUAUCCUUUACAUUCAUCCUCCCACUUUUCCCCAAACUCAUCGAAUUCUACCGCAACCACGAAACAGGGCAACCGAACACGAUACUGUCCAAGAUCCUCGCCGGCCUGAAUGCGUACAAGAACUCGUUUGCGAAGCCCAUCAACUCACGCUACGACAUUGUCUUACUGGGUGGCGCACUCGGCUCCCUCUUCUCCCUCUGCCAGGCAAUUGCGUCGCCCUUCAUCGGCACCCUUUCUGACAAGCAUGGCAGGCGCACGGCGCUUCUGUGGUCAAUGGCGGGAAACAUUCUCAGCGUUGCGCUCUGGGUCGCAGCAACAGACUUCCGGACAUUCCUCGCAAGUCGAGUUGUUGGUGGGCUGAGUGAGGGCAAUGUGCAGCUCGCAAUGGCGAUAGCAACGGACAUUAGCGAUGAAAGCCAGAGAGGCGCAACAAUGGCGCUUGUGGGCGUAUGCUUCAGCAUCGCAUUCACGUUUGGACCAGCGUUGGGCGCAUACCUUUCGACACUACAAGUCAUGGACAAGAACCCCUUCGCAAUGGCUGCUGGGUUUUCGCUAUUUUUGGUUCUUACAGAGACCAUCUAUCUCUACUUCUGCCUCCCAGAAACUCUACCUACGGCUACUGCGAACCAGAACACAACUGCAAAUGACAAGGCCAGCGGACACACCAACCCAACCAAAGAGCAGAAACCUCGCAUACGAACCAAUUCGCAUACGCUGCUCAACGCCACGCACUUUACCUUUAUCCUCUUCUUCAGCGGCAUGGAGUUUUCGCUUCCCUUUAUGACAUAUGAUCUCUUCUCUUAUCAAGCCAAAGAUUCUGGUCGAUUACUUGGUUUCAUCGGGCUCGUCGCAUCAAUACUGCAGGGUUCUGUGGUUCGACGCAUGCAUCCUCUCAAAGUUGUUCAGCUCGGUGUAGCCAGCUGCACGAUCGCGUUCCUCAUACUGGGUAGAGUAGAGACGCAGGGUGCACUAUACGGAGCUGCCGCACUCCUGGCUGUGACAAGUGCCACUGUCGUCACCGGUCUAAACAGUCUCUCUUCAUUCGAAGCCAGCGCUGACGAACGGGGGAAUAAGUUAGGGAACCAUAGAAGCUUCGGCCAGAUCGGUCGAUCCCUCGGGCCCCUUAUCUUUUGCACACUCUACUGGUGGGCAGGUCGUGAGACAGCAUAUGCAGCAGGUGCCGCAGGCAUGGUCGGAGUAUGUGCGUUGGCGUUUGGAGGACUGAAAGUCCCACCUGGAACGGAGAAUGUCGUGAUCGCUUCUGGAUGUCCGAUGGAGGCAACAAUCUUUUCUGUCCGACACAAGCAACAGUACACUGUUACAAGUGCAUCCGCUGCUGCCGCUUCGGUAGUAGCCAUCUCCGGUCUGGCGGCAUAUCUGAACGGGAAAUACCAGAUAAGACAAGACUUGGGGGUGCUGAGAUUUAAGGGCGAUGCGGAGAAAUAUUAUGCUCAUCUUGUAAACACCAAACGCCAAUCCAUCUGGUACCCAUUCACUCUACACGUGCCAAAGUAUAGCAACAACCUCUGUAUCUGGUCUCGGGAGAAAACUUACACUUGGCAACAAGUCCACGAUAAGGCAGUCCAGUGGGCUCAAUUCUUCCUUGCCAAUGGCAUCAAGCCCGGAGACCUGGUGGCCACCUACCUCACAAACAGCGCGGACUUCAUGGUCAUCUGGUUAGGCCUUUUCUGCAUAGGCUGCGCUCCAGCUCAUUUGAACUACAAUCUCAAGGCCGAUAGCCUGGUUCAUUGUUUAAAAGUGGCGGGUGCCAAGAUGGUGCUUGUGGACUCGGAGCCCGAUUGUGCAGCGCGCUUCGAGGCCUGUAGAGGGCAGGUGGAGAACGAGCUUAGAGUCAAACCGUUCACCAUUGAUGAUGGGCUUCUGGAGAAGGUGUACGCCGGACCAGUUAUUGUACCUGGCGACGAAUAUCGAGAACACGUUGCUGGCUCGGAUCCAGUUUGCUUACUAUACACGUCCGGAACGACUGGACUUCCGAAAGCGGCCAAAUUCAUGGUGAACAGAUACCAUCAGCGAGGAAAUCCGGAGAAACUCGCCUUCGAUCAGAAACCAGGGCCCAACGGCGAUCGGUGGUAUACUUGUAUGCCUUUGUUUCAUGGUACAGGGGGCAUGUCGAGUAUGGCUGCGCUUACGAGUGGUAUGAGUAUAGCCAUCGGACGCAAGUUCUCUGUCAGUACGUUUUGGGACGACAUCCACGAUUCGCAAGCGACUAUGUUUGUAUACGUGGGCGAAGCGGCGAGAUACUUGCUCAUGGCACCUCCACAUCCACGAGAACGGGACCAUCGGUUACGCGGCAUGUAUGGCAACGGACUGCGACCCGAUGUUUGGAACCGGUUCAAGGAGCGCUUCAACGUGCCUGAAGUCAUCGAGUUCUUCAACUCUACCGAAGGUGUGCUGAGCAUGGCAAUACACUCAAAGGGAGACUUUACAGCGACCUCUAUUGGCCAGCAUGGUGCUCUCAUCAGGCGAGCGCUCUAUGAUGUUUAUGUGCCUGUGCCUGUUGACGUAGAAACCGGCGAGCUCGUCCGCGACCCUGAAACAGGUUUCGUAAAGCGAAACUCGUACAACGAAGGCGGAGAAAUCUUGGUUGCUGUCCCGAGCGAGGAAGCUUUCGCAGGUUAUCACAACAAUCCCAAAGCAACAGCGCAGAAGUUCGAAAGAAAUGUUUUCAAGCACGGCGACUUGUAUUAUAGAUCAGGCGAUUCACUUCGUAGAGAUGAUGAUGGGCGCUGGUUCUUCCUCGACAGACUAGGCGAUACAUUCCGCUGGAAAUCCGAAAAUGUCUCCACCGCUGAAGUCGCUGAAGUUCUCGGAAAGUACCCCGGCGUAGGGGAAGCCAUUGUCUAUGGAACGCUCGUACCCGGCCACGACGGUCGCGCUGGUUGCGUUGCGCUGCGCCUCACUGAAAAUACCAACUCUGAGUCGUUUGACUGGAAGGCAUUCCUUGAGUAUACACGCAGUAAGCUGCCAAAGUAUGCGGUGCCAGUAUUUCUGAGGCUCGUGAGGGAAGGGAGCACUACAGACAAUCAGAAGCAGAACAAAGGGCCUCUGCGGGCAGAGGGUAUUGAGAUUGACAAAUAUGGAAGUAAGGUUGUAGGAGGAACAGAUGAUGUAGUUUUGUGGACGAAGCCGGGCGCGGAUGCAUAUGUGAGGUUCACAAUGGAUGACCUGGCGUUGCUAAGAGGUGGGAAGACGUUGCUAUAA